GGCAUGCCCAGAUCUACCAACCACAAGCGUCAAGCAGCGCGAUGUUGCGUUUGUAAAUGGGAAGCGUUGACGACGGACCGCCUUCCACCUACUACUCUCAUUUCAGGUCUCUCUCGCCUCGUCGAAUCGACCCCACUCCCCCGGCCAUCCUCCUCUCUCCCCGCCGAUGGAUCCCUGCGAAUAUCUCAAGAUCACCCGCAACCCAGAUGGUUCCAUCACCCGCCACGCCAUCAUUCCCUCCUCCCCCGCCAACCCCAACGCUACCCCCGUCCUCUCCAAAGAUCUCCCUCUCGAUCCCACCCACAACACCUGGCUGCGAAUCUUCGUCCCUAAUCAAUCAUCUCCUUCCACCGACGGGAAGCUCCCCGUCAUCAUCUACUUCCACGGCGGCGGAUUCAUCCUCGCCAGCGCCGGCACCACCAUCUUCCACGAUUUCUGCGUCAAAUUAUCCGCCGACCUCCCCGCCAUAGUCCUCUCCGUCGAGUACCGCCUCGCCCCGGAGCACCGCCUCCCCGCCGCCUACGACGACGCCGUCGACGCCCUCCUCUGGGCCCGCACCCAGGCCCUCGGCCCCGCCUCCGCAGUCGACGCCCGCACCGACUUCUCCCGGUGCUUCCUGAUGGGCAGCAGCGCCGGCGGCAACAUCGCCUACCACGCCGGCCUCCGCGCGAUGGCCAUGGAUCUGAACCCGCUAAAGAUCCAAGGGCUUAUCCUUUACCAGCCCUACUUUGGAGGGAAAGAGAGGACGGAGUCGGAGGCGAGGAUGGCGGCGGAUCCGAUCCUGGCUCUACCGGUGAACGAUUUGAUGUGGGAGCUGGCGCUGCCGGAAGGGGCGGAUAGGGACCACGAGUACUGUAAUCCGGUGGUCGGGAAGACGGUGGCGGGGCUGCCGCGGUGUCUGGUGAAGGGGCACACGGGGGAUCCGCUUAUCGACCGGCAGAAGGAGUUCUUAAGGAUGCUGGAGACGGGAGGGGUCGAGGUGGUGGCGGAGAUAGAGGAGGGAGGGUGCCACGGGAUCGAAGUGCAUGAUGCCGCGCAGGCCGACAAGCUGAUUGCGGAUAUCCGAGGAUUUAUCGGUCUUGCUGCUGCCACUGCCGGUGCUGGUGAGGGUUAAUCCAUACGACAUGAGUGAGUGAACAAUGAGAUGACAGCGUCUCAUGCUAAAAUUAAGAAUUUAGUCUGUACUUGUUCUUCCCUUUUUUUUUUUUUGUGAAAGAUUGUCCUUCCAAUUAGUCUGUGAUUGUUCUUCCACUAUUUUCCCUUUUACGUCUCUAUUUCCAGCUUCA